GGAAAAACAAAAAAACACAAAACUUUUCCGGCCAUGGAUCCCGGCGACCCAACUUCGAUAAUCUUUUCAAAGAUUAGAACUUUAGAACCAGAGAACGCUUCCAAAGUCAUUGGCUAUUUUCUAUUGCAAGACAUGGAACAGAGAGAUUUGAUUCGAAUUGCUUUUGGUCCUGACUCUCUCAUACAAACUUUCUGUCGUAAAGCUAAAUCCGAUUUAGGUCUUUCCUCCAACGGUUUCUCGAGACCCAUCAAUAUCCAUGGCCAGUCAUUGUCUCAGUCUUCUCCCAGAAAUGGGUUCUUAGAGUUCUCGAGAAACCCUAGCAACCCUUUGUCUCCUUCGUUAACUUCGAACACACUCAGAGAUAACCCUAACUUCAAUUCUAGUCCCUUUCGUGAAAGUUCAUCACUUUUUGCUUCUUCUUCCGGUGGCGAUGAACAGCAGCAACAACAAUUCAGUAACAACUUUCUGUUCACCAACGACGAGGAUCCAUUUGCUAAUUUCCACAAGAGGAGUUUCUCGGCCAACGAUGCUUGUUUUGAAUCAGAGGAACCAGGGUUUGGAGGAGGGACCGGUUAUAAUCGGUUUCCACAAGGCGGUUUAGUUGAUGAUUUUGGUUCGCCGAGUGAGAUGGAUUAUAUGCUAGAGGAGAUGAUGAGGAUGAAGUUAGCUCAGCAAAAGAGAAUGGUUGCUGCUCAGUUCAUGGCGGCUUGUGGCUCUCCAAUGUUGCAUAGACAAGGAUCAGGGCAUUUUGGAGAAGAAGGUGGUUAUCAAUUUAGUCCAGGAAGGCAUGAAAGAGAGGAUUCAGUCUCUAAACAGAUUUACUUGACAUUUCCAUCUGAAAGCUCCUUCACUGAUGAAGACGUCUCAACUUAUUUCAGCACUUAUGGACCUGUGGAAGAUGUGAGGAUUCCAUAUCAGCAGCAACGGAUGUUUGGGUUUGUCACUUUUGCUAAGGCUGAAACCGUGAGAACCAUAUUGGCUCGAGGAAACCCUCAUUUCAUCUGUGACUCACGUGUGCUUGUUAAACCAUACAAGGAGAAAGGAAAAAUCCUUCAAAACAGGAGGCAGCAACAGCAACUACACGAGCUGUUGGAGAGAGGGAACUAUUCACCUUCUUCAAGUCCUUCUGGAAUGGACUCAAGGGAUCUAUAUGAAUGUCGCUUAGGACCAAGGAUGUUUUCAAACAAGACACAGGAGAUGCUGCGAAGAAAAACCGAGCAAGCUGAUUUACAACAAGCCAUAGAAGUAGAACUCCAAAGAAGAAGGUUCUUGAAUCUGCAAUUGCCUGACAUGGAGAAUGAAUCUAUUCACCAUCACCAGCGUAGUCCUUCUAUUGGUUCUCCCGCUCAUUUCCCGCCUCGAUUCAAUCAUAGUCUUCUCUUUCAAUCAGGAAACAACAACGAAGAAAUCAUGGAAGGAAAUAGUGGUAGAGGUGAGAAAGAUAUUCAGCAAGUAGCAACCAGCAACGAAGAACGUGGCUACAGUAACGAUUUCUACCAAGGGCAAGAGACGAAUCUGGAGAAUACUCUUCCUGAUUGCUUGUUUGGCUCCCCAAAAAAAUCCGGCGAAACCUACCAAACCGAGUCUGAUACCGAGCAAAAUAAGGAAGCCUCAUCAGAUCAAAAAAACUUUCCGGCCACCAUGGAUCCCGGCGACCCAAUUGCGACUAUCAGUGCAAGGAUCAGAACUUUAGAACCAGAGAACGCUUCGAAAAUCAUUGGCUAUUUUCUGUUGCAGGACAUUACAAACUCUGAUUUGAUUCGACUUGCUUUUAGAACUGACAAAGUCCUAAAAAAAUUCUGUGAAGAAGCUAAAUCCGUUUUGGGUAUAUUAAACCCUAAUGCGAGGCCCUUCAAUCCCCUUCACCAGUCAUUGUCUCAGUCUUCCCCAAGAAAUGAGUUCUUGGACUUCUCCAGAAACCCUAACCCUUUGUCUCCUUCGUUAACUUCGAAUACAGUCGGAUAUAACCCUGACUUUCAUCAUGAAGGUUCGUCGCAACAACAACAACAACAAUGGAGUAACCAUUUUCCAUUUCCCAAUUUGCACCAGAGGAGUUUCUCGGCUAAUGAACCCAGUUAUCAGUUUCUACCCGGUUUUGGUUCUCCUGGUGGUUUAGGGUCGCCCAGUGAAAGGAUAUCUCCGAAUCAGCAACAAAGAAUGAUUGCUGCUCAUGGCUCACCAAUGUCGAACAUACAAGGAUCUGGACAAUUUGGAGUACAAGGUGGUUUUGGGUCGCCGAUUGAGCAACAAAGAAUGAUUGCUGCUCAGUUCAUGGGGGAUUUUGGCUCUCCAAUGUCGAACAUACAAGGAUCUGGACAAUUUGGAGUACAAGGUGGUUUUGGGUCGCCGAGUGAGCAACAAAGAAUGAUUGCUGCUCAGUUCAUGGGGGAUUUUGGCUCUCCAAUGUCGAACAUACAAGGAUCUGGACAAUUUGGAGUAGAAGGAAGGCAGGCAAAAAGAUAUCCAGCCUCUCAUCAGAUUUACAUGACAUUUCCAUCUGAAAGCUCCUUCACUGAUGAAGACGUCAAAACUUAUUUCAGCAAUUUUGGACCUGUGAAGGACGUAAGUUUUCCAUAUCAGGUGCAACGGACGUUUGGAUAUGUCACUUUCGCUAAUGCUGAAACGGUGAGAACCAUAUUGGCUGGAGUGCGCCUUCAUAUCAUCAGUGGUUCACGUGUGACUGUUAAACCAUGCAAGCAGAAAGAAACAAUCCCUCAAAAACAAGGAUCUGGACAAUUUGGAGUACAAGGAUGGCAGGGAAAAAGAUAUCCAGCCUCUCAUCAGCUUUACUUGACAUUUCCACCUGAAAGCUCCUUCACUGAUGAAGACGUCUCAACUUAUUUCGGCAAUUUUGGACCUGUGGUAGGCAUAAGGAUUCCAAAUCAGGAGCGACGGAGGUUUGGGUUUGUCACUUUCGCUAAUGCUGAAACCGUGACAACCGUAUUGGCUCAAGGAAACUCUCAUCUUAUCGGUGAAUCAGCUGUGAUCGUUAAACCAUACCAGCAGAAAGAAACAAUCCCUCAAGACGGGCAGCAGCAGCAACUAAACCAGCUGUUGGAGCGAGAGAACCUUUUACAUCAUCCACGUCUUUCGGGAAUGGACCCAAGGGAUCAAGAUGAAAGUCGCUUUGGACCAAGGAUGUUUCGAAACAGGACACAGGAGAUGCUGCAAAGAAACACCGAGCAAGCUGAUUUACAACAAGGCAUAGAAGUAGAACACCAAAGAAGAAGGCAAGAGAGGAGUCUGGAGAGUACUCGUCCUGAUAGUUUGUUUGGUUCCACAAGAAAAUCCGGCGAAAUCCAUCACCAGUAUAGUCAGUCUAUCGUUGAUCAUUAUGAUGAUGAGGAUGAUGAACUACUGCCUUUGGCUCAAGUGCUUCAGAAGUCGGGAGAGAGCUUUCUUAGGAAACUCAAAAGAUGUAGGAGGCGUAAGCUAGCGAAAAAUCAGCGAUUCGAGAUAAAGAAAGAUAAGAUUGGUGAUGGUGGUGCAUCCGCUUCUACAGAAUUACCACUUAGUCAGUUGUUCAAAAAGGAGUCGAAGAACAGAACAAGUGAGCAUUUGAAAAACAAGGGACGCAAGCGAGCUCGUGAGGAUAAUGAAAGUUCUAUGGAUAACAAAGAUGAUGAAGAAGAUUAUAACAUUACAAUUGCUCAAAUGAUCAAAUCUAUAAGGAAUGAUGAAAGUGGAAGCAAAGCAAAGAAGAGUAGUAUGGUUCAAAGACCAUCUAAUGAAAACAACUCUUCAGAUCCUCUAGUUGAUUCUAAUAGAGGUAUAAUUGACAUUGCCGUGUCACCGCCAAAGACAAGGCGAACAUGUGAUGAUGAGCUUCAUGUAGAUAGAAGCAAGGAAGAAGAGUGUUUGAUCCACGAAGAUGGAGAAAAGCAGAGAAGCAAUGAGAGUUUGUGUAGUGAGGUUGAGAAAGAAGAAGAUAUUGAUGAAAGAUUGAAACAGAGAAAGCUUGCAAUAGAAGAGAUAGCAUUGAAGCUGGAAACACGUGUUAUGAAGAAGAAACAGAAAAGAGAUAUGGUAAGGAAGCAGAAGUACGGGAAGGUUGUGUUGGUUACUUGCGUCGCGCUUCUAGCUACCGGACUCAUUGCAGACUUUCUCUGGGCUACUUCUCAUCGAUUCUCCUCCGCCGCAACCUACGCCGGAUUAUCUCUACCUUCUUCCCUUACCACCGCAAUCGUUCCCGACCAGGAGAAAGAUACAAAGAAGAAGAAGAAGAAGAAGGAGAGUGUGAAGGAAAGGAAACUAUCAAACACAUUUCAAGAUUUGCCUGCUCCUGAAUUGAAAUGGGAGAAGAUGGCAGCUUCACCUGUACCUCGUCUAGACGGGGCUGCAAUUCAGAUUAGAGAUCUUCUUUAUGUAUUUGCUGGAUAUGGAACCAUUGAUCUUGUGCAUUCUCAUGUCGAUAUCUACAAUUUCACUGCUAACUCGUGGGGAGGAAGAUUCGAUAUGCCUAAAAAUAUGGCACAUUCUCAUUUAGGGAUGGUAACGGAUGGGAGAUACAUUUAUAUUGUUACUGGUCAGUUUGGUCCACAAUGCAGAGGUCCUACAGCUAAAACAUUUGUGCUUGAUACCGAUACAAAUACAUGGAAAGACUUUGUUCCUUUGCCAGUUCCUAGGUAUGCUCCGGCUACUCAGCUUUGGAGAGGAAGACUUCAUGUGAUGGGUGGAAGCAAGGAGAAUCGAUUUACUCCAGGACUUGAACAUUGGAGCAUUGCAGUGAAAGAUGGCAAACCUUUAGAAAAUGAGUGGAGAAGUGAAAUCCCGAUCCCUCGCGGAGGACCUCACAGGGCAUGUGUAGUUGUUGAUGACCGACUAUUUGUAAUUGGUGGUCAAGAAGGUGAUUUCAUGGCUAAACCUGGAUCUCCUAUCUUCAAAUGCUCACGCCGUAUGGAGGUGGUAUUCAGUGAUGUCUACAUGUUGGAUGAGGAAAUGAAAUGGAAAGUUAUGCCGUCGAUGCCAAAACCGGAUUCCCAUAUUGAAUUUGCUUGGAAAGUCGUUAAUAACUCCAUUGUAAUUGUUGGAGGCACAACAGAGAAGCAUCCUGAAACCAAAAGGAUGGUUCUCGUCGGUGAAAUCUUCCAGUUCAACUUAAAUACACUGAAAUGGUAUGUGAUUGGGAAAUUACCAUACCGUGUGAAAACAACGCUGGUUGGGUAUUGGGAUGGACAUUUGUACUUCACCUCAGGACAAAGAGACAAAGGUCCAGAUGAUCCCGCCCCGAGGAAAGUCAUCGCAGAGAUGUGGAGAACCAAAUUGAUACUCAACCCAUGAGGCAAGCAAAUUUGUUUUUGA